GGGGAACAGUAUUAGCUGCUGCACACGGGACUGAAAAUCCUGCAAAUGUGAUGAUCUGAAGACAGCGAAACACUAUCAGGGUCGCCCCUCAUGGAUCCCGCACAUGUUCAUCUGUAUGAUACAGACUUUGUGAAGAAUGGUCGGGCGGUCACCGUUUUAUGGGCGUCCUGCACUUUGUUCCUCGGGAUCCUGGAGAUUGUUGUGCUCCUGCAGCCCACCUGGGUGUUAGGUGGGGAGGGCAGUGGCCAUUUUGGACUGUACCAGCUUUGUGAAGAGACAGAUUGGGGUACAGAAUGUCGGGGUCCUCAGGGUAUCCUGGAGGCUCUGCCACCAUUCCAGACUGCGGCUGGCUUCAUGCUGGGGGCGCUGCUCUUGGUUCUGCUCAGCCUGGCCUCCAUCAUUCUGCUGUGGUUCUGUCACUCCGGGACGGUCUACAAGCUCUGCGCCUGGCUGCAACUCACUGCUGCUUUCUGCCAGGCUCUGGCCUGUAUCCUGUUCCCGGACGGCUGGGACUCGCCCACUGUGCGCCCCUUUUGUAACUACCGCUCAGACAGAUACGAGCUGGGAACCUGCUCGGUGCAUUGGGGCUUCAUCUUGGCCAUAUUGGGCACCUUCGAUUGCCUGGUUCUCUCCAUUUUGGGGUUCACCCUCGGGAAACGUCAUGAUGCUUUGAACCCCAGUGAAGCUAAACCCAGCAAGAAAGAGUCAGCUAGAGCGGGUGGACUUCUAUGAUGAUAUGGCCGCCUGGUGGGAGGAUGUCAAGGAUGAGAUCAGAACCCUCUUAAAGAGACUGUCCUUUAAAAAGGGGAGGAGUAAGUAUGGCCAGUAUCUCAAGCUGCGCAAAGAAUUGGAGUCACUAUAUUCGGCGGGUGGGGACCAACAAAGGAUAGACCGGCUGAAAUCUGAGAUAAGGCAGUAUCAGUACAGCAGGUAUACCUCCCUGGUUCUUGAAAGGGAUUAUGGGUCCUUAGGGUCUCCUGAUCCCUUUGAGAAUUGCCGGGAGCGGGUGGCAAAUAAAUCUGUCACCGGUCUCACUGACUCCCAGGGUGUUUUGCAGGAAUCUCGGGAGGGUAUCCUGGGGGUGGUGAGAUCGUACUAUGCUGACUUGUUUCAGAGGAAGGUUUU